AACUGGAGAUAAAAACCAUAUCUAGGAUCUAGAUCUUAUAAAGGGAUAUAAAUCGUAACUAGGCAAUUCCAGUGCAGCAUUCACACCUGCUGGUGCCUCCCAACCUGCGUGUCUGUUUGCUGUGGCUUCUUUCCUCUGUGAGUUCUCGUCUAGGUUUGGAAACUUUUGCAGUGGAAUCCCAAACCCCGCUCCCCCAGAAAGGCUGCUUGGUCCUGGGGGGCUAAGUUGGAAGAAGGAAAGAUGCUCUGCUAGAGCGCCAAAGUUCCUGCCGGAGGAGCCCCUGGAUCUUCAGCCCGAGGAGCGGCAGCGCCUGAAGCGGCCCCCGACGGCGGCGGCCGCGCCAGCGCCUCCCCUCGGAGCGGGACCUCGCCCUCCUCGGCGGGGCGGCGCCUCCUGGUGCCUGCGCGCAGCCCCGCGACUUCUGCUCGGCUCCUCGGCGCAGCCAUGCCGUCCUACUCGGUGACGGUGGCGACGGGCAGCCAGUGGUUCGCGGGCACCGACGACUACGUCUACCUGAGCCUGGUGGGCUCGGGCGGCACGAGCGAGAGGCACCUGCUCGACAAGCCCUUCUACGACGACUUCGAGCGCGGCGCGAUUGAUACUUACGAUGUGACAGUAACUGAAGACCUCGGGGAGAUCCAGCUGAUAAAAAUUGAGAAACGGAAGUACUGGUUUCCUGAUGACUGGUACUUGAAGUAUGUCACCGUGAAAACACCCAUGGGUGACUACUUAGAGUUUCCUUGUUACAGAUGGAUUACAGAUGACAAAGAGGUGGUACUCCGAGACGGACGAGCCAAGCUUUCUGCGGAUGACAAGACUCAAGUCCUUAAGCAUCACAGACGCAAAGAGCUGGAGGAUCGUCAGAAGAUGUAUCGCUGGGCAGAAUGGCACCCAGGCUUUCCCCUGAACAUAGAUGCCAAAUCUCACAAGGAAUUGCCUCGGAACAUCCAGUUUGACAGCGAGAAAGGAGUCGACUUUGUUUUGAAUUAUACUAAAGCGAUGGAAAAUCUCUAUGUUAAUCGCUUCAUGCACAUGUUCCAAUCUUCCUGGAGUGACUUUGCAGAUUUUGAGAAGAUCUUUGUCAGAAUAAGCAAUACCAUUUCUGAGUAUGUGAUGCAGCAUUGGCAAGAAGAUUUUAUGUUUGGAUACCAGUUCCUGAAUGGGUGCAAUCCUGUCUUGAUCCAAAAGUGCACAGAGUUACCAAAGAAAUUUCCCGUGACUACGGAAAUGGUAGAAUGCAGUUUGGAGAGAAAUCUGACUCUGGAAGAGGAAAUAAAGCAAGGAAAUAUUUUCAUAGUGGAUUAUGAACUCCUGGAUGGUGUUGAAGGCAAUAAGACUGACCCCUGCACUGUGCAAUAUCUGUCUGCUCCAGUCUGCUUAUUAUAUAAGAAUUUAGAGAAGAAGAUUGUCCCUAUUGCAAUCCAGAUAAAACAAGCUCCUGAGCCAGGGAAUCCUAUUUUCCUGCCAUCAGAUGCAAAGUAUGACUGGUUAUUGGCCAAAAUUUGGGUACGUUCUUCAGAUUUCCACAUCCAUCAGACUGUUACUCACCUCCUUCGGACUCACUUAAUUUCUGAAGUGUUUGGAGUAGCCAUGUUCCGGCAACUGCCUUCCGUCCAUCCUCUCUUUAAGCUCCUGGUAUCCCAUGUGCGGUUUACAAUAGCCAUCAACACUAAAGCCCGAGAACAGCUUAUCUGUGAAUAUGGCCUUUUUGACAAGGCCAAUGCCACCGGAGGAGGAGGACUUGCGCAGAUACUCCAGCGAGCGAUGAAGCACCUCACCUACAGUUCCCUGUGCUUCCCUGAAGAAAUCAAGGCAAGAGGCAUGGAAAGCACGGAGGAGAUUCCAUACUACUUUUAUCGGGAUGAUGGUCUCAAAGUGUGGGAGGCCAUAAAGAGCUUUGUGACAGAUGUUGUGGACCUCUAUUACGAUAGCGAAGAGAUGGUUUCUGAAGACGUGGAACUCCAGGGCUUUGUGAAGGACGUCUAUGUUUAUGGGUUGAGAGGAACCAAGGCUUCAGGAUUUCCUAAGACAAUAAAGACACGCCAGAAGCUGUCAGAAUAUCUUACCGUAGUGAUCUUUACAGCAUCUGCACAACAUGCAGCAGUAAAUUUUGGUCAGUACGACUGGUGUUCCUGGAUUCCUAACGCCCCUCCAACGAUGCGUCGCCCGCCCCCUACAGAAAAGGGGAGCGUCACCAUUGAGUAUAUUGUGGAGAGUUUACCGGACAGAGGGCGCUCCUGUUGGCAUCUUGGUGCUGUUUGGGCCUUGAGCCAGUUUCAAGAGAACGAAGUGUUUCUGGGGAUGUAUCCAGAUGAACAUUUCAUAGAGAAGCCAGUGAAAGAGGCCAUGAGGAAAUUCCGCAAGAAUCUUGAUGAAAUUACCAGUUGCAUUGCUGAGCGGAACAGGAACAAAAAACUCCCCUACUAUUAUCUUUCCCCGGAUCAAAUACCUAACAGUGUGGCUGUUUGAAUUAGCCUUUCCAAAGACUUGAAAAGGCAGUGAACUGGAGUGACAAUCAUGGCAAAUUAUCUACAUGCAAAUCAGAUGGCUUCAAACCAAAUUGGGUCUUAAUUUGUACUAGAUACUAUUGUAGUUUUAAGUUUUCUUUGAAUAUCUAUCCCUCAUAUAUAAUUAGUUGAUACCGUGUUACAGUUCGAUAAUAAUUUUUAUAAUUGUCAGGAAAUACAAACCCUUAAGGAACAUUUUUUUACCUUAAAAACAGAACCUCUACCAAUGGGGAAACUCUAUUCCACACAUUUGUUUCUUAUUUGUGGUCAGAACACCUCUGUUUUGGAAGCUGUUACCCCGUUUUCAGUAAGUUUUUUGUUUUUAGGAACCGAGUGAAUGUAUGAUUUCCAUAAGGAAUGUUUGUUGGCUGGUCUGGUUGUUUUUACAGGAGCUCACCAGCAAUUUAAAAAUUGCUUUUGUUGGGGUUCAGAACAACAGAUGAAGACAUUAAGGAUGGUCUGGGGGACAUGGAACUGGGGAAGAUUGAAGCCAAAGGAGUGUCUGAGCUGAUUUCCAUGCCACCCAGGGGCCCACAAUAUUAUCUAAGGCGGAAGGAAGAGUAGCAACAUAAGUUGCUCCCUUCAUUUGCCAUCAGAAAGAAGAACCCCAGAUCAUCACACACACCCCCACCCACCCAGCAGUGUUGUGCUUCCUUUAAGGGAGCGGGAGCUGCAAGAGUCCAGUUGGAGGUUGACCUUUGUAAGGUGAGCAGGCUGGACUUGGGAGUUUUCAGCAGAUUUUGAGCUGAGCUCUGCUUGCUUUGGAUAUGCACACAGGCUUUCGAAUGGGGCCAGUCACAUUUUCAACGACCCCCUUCAAAUGCUUGUGACAUUCCUGGUUGUCGUUUUUAUAAUGAUAAGAAUACUUACAAGUCUCAUAUAUGCCCAGUUUGGGGGGGGGGUCUACCAGUUGCCUAGCAGGAAACAAGGUCUCAUUAUCUCCCCAAGUCAGAAGAGUGGUACUAUUGGUCCUUGACCGUCCACAAUGUAAUAUAUAAAUACCAGCUUUCAUUGGAAGGUUCUGUGAAAGAUUUUACAGCUUCCUUAAGCACUUUGUUGAACUGCUUCUGUGAUUCCUUAACAUGUAAACAAAAAUCCUUCCUUACAUGUUCAAUGGAUAAAGUGGAUUAUUAUGUCCCCACUUUCCUGUUUGUUUGUUUGUUUUUACAUUAUUUUAAAUACUUCAGAACCAAUGUCAUUCUUAUUCAGCAUGCAAAAGCUUUGUUUUUUUUUAAAGAUGAUGUAGUUGUUCCUGAAAUGCACUUAUUUACUAAAUUAGGAAGAGAUUGAUAAAAUAUCAGAGCAACCCAAGCCCUGGUCUAAUAGUGACAGCCCAUCACAGAGCCCAUCACAUGCCAGUCAUGCCAGCUAGGGCAGAAAGGGCAGGCAAAACCCUGGAGCUGGCCUAGCGAUGGGACCCAAUGCUAUCCAGGGGUGGAUCCUGAGCUGGAUCAGCCCCCCUCUGAAAUGCCCUAUUUGGGGCUGCCUGUGCGCUGCUGUCACUGGCAGAACACCUACUACUGGUGGUUACUGCCUCCUGCCCACAUUUUUGAGCUGGUUGAACAGAGAGCUUUAUGCCAGUGGAGUAAUGCGAAUCUAUCUGUAGGCAGAGGCUGGUGGAGGGAGACAGGGCGGAUUAGGAGUUUGAAUCUGAAUUAAAUUAUUCUGCUGGAAACCCACUAAUUUUAGUUGACAUACUGUUGUAUAAUGCAACAGUGAUACGAAGUUCGAAUCUUUGCGAUGUGCAUAGAUUUAGUUAGCGCAUUGCACAUUGCCUGCAUGUCUGCUCAGAAGUAAAACCCAUCAAGCUCAACUGGUUUUCUUCCAAAGUAAAUUCACAUAGGAUUGCAGUCUAAAUUGUUUUAUGUUAAAAUUAUGCAGGGUUUUGAUAGCGUGAGAGAUGAGCACCACUUCCUAUUUUUCAGAUAACUAAAAGCUCAUCAGUUUUCUGUUCACCACAGUGACUACAUAGUGCUGACUGCAAGAAUCAUAAGAACUUUUGCUUGUCCAAUGACUUCCUCUUCCAAGAUAUCAUAGUUUCAGUUCCACAAUUGCUAAAAUAAGAUGAUUAAUCUAUUUCAAGCCUUCUUAGCAGGUCCCAAUUCCAUUGCAAUCUUGUUGCUCAAAUUCAUUUUUAUCACAAUUAAAUUAUCCUCUUUUUCAAAAUUUGAGUAAUUUGGGGUCCCCCUCAAAACCCGGUUAAUCAACUUCUAUAGUAUAUUAAAUAACACUGAGAUUUCAAUAUGUCACCAGGCGCUUCAUGCUUCCUUUGCUAUCAGUAGAACACAGUCCUUCACAAACGAACCAUGGUAAGGAAGGUAUUAGGAUUUUCUUUGGAACAUUUCCAAUAGGUAGUGCUCGCUGCCAUCGCUGUGAAUUGACCAGCACUGGAUCUCCUAUUUUGGUGUGGGAACGCAGGCAAACAGGCAAAAUGUAAUGUAGUAAACCAACAUUUACGCACUUUCGGCCUAAAACCACAUCCCUUGAAGUGCAGGAAAGGCAAACCCAAGCCCUCAAGUUCCCCAGAUGCUGAGCAGCUGAGCAGAGCUCUAAGCAGACCUUGGAGGUGACACCAUCUUCAACAGAACAAAGGCAAUUGUGGUGGGAGCUGGUUGGUUGAAGUCCUUCAGGAGAAAGAUUCUCUCUUCCUCUGUUUUGUCUUUUAACAGGAGACUAGUUGUCUGAAAAUAGUGAUGAGCUCAGCGUGUUUCCAAGGCCACCCCCCCCCCAUAUAUUUUAUGCUUGAUAUUGUUACGGCUUUAAGGUGUUUUUAAAAAUAGUAAAGUGGUUUAUAAAUGAUAUUAAAUAAACAAACAGCAUUUUAUUCCUG